AUGCCUGCAGAGGUUUCUGCGGCGUCGCCCGAGUACUUUUUCCUUUGCUCACCGCGCGGCAGUAGUGCGGGCGAUUCCGACAGUUCGGGCUGCUCUUCGUGGGAGCUGGUCGAGCUGGAGUGCUACGACGAGGGGCAGGUGCCGGACCUGCCGGUGAGUGCGCUGCAGAGCGCCGACGAGACGGGUCUCGAGCUACAGAUGCCACUUGAGCCAUGGUCGCGGCGCUUCUACCGCCAGAGUGCGACCGACGGUGUGGAGGUGCAGUUGGUACGCCGCAAGAGUGGCAACGUGUGGGCCGUCAUCGGUCUGGACUUGACGCUAGGCCUGAUCUGUAUCACGGCGAAGACAUCCAUGUUCACGGACCCAGUGGCGGGGAUUCGGUGGCGGCCAAUGCCACCUCUUUCUGCAGCCCAGAGGGACGCCUACGUCAGCCAGACGCUGAGGUGGUCUUUGAGGAGUCCCAAGCGUUUCCUGGGUGUGCUGGCCGCGUUGUUCGUAUUGUACGAGCUGCUGGUGCUGCUGGGCGUGAUCGAGUAUAUGACGGAGCAUUGGGUGUACACGAUCAGCUACCUGGUCACGGCCAAGGAUGCUUUCGUGGAGAGCUCGGAGGUCGUCCAGGAGUGGGCCACCUACCUGUGGGAGUGGAAGGAGUGGGCCCAGACGCUGAUGCCUCUUCAGCGUUGGUUUGCGAUGUUCUUGUCCCUGAUCCUUCUGACCCUGUGGGCGGCUCACGAGUGGUCGGACAGCGUGGAGUAUGGAGAGUCCUCUAUUGGGUCAUCAAGUGCUUCGAGUGUGGAUGUGCCCGUCGGUGCGACUGCUUCGGUGCCUCCGCCCGUGCCGCCGCUUGGCUAUCUGUCAAGCGGAGAGAGUGCAACGCUGGCGAGCCAGCUGAACGAUCUCGUGGAGUCCCAGAAGGCCAUGAUGGAGGAAAUCAGCGAGAUCAGGACCGCCGAGAGGACGAGGGAGUUACGUCGGGAUGUACUCGAAGCUUCUCUGGACUCGCGUGGUCGCGCGGACGCCGAGGCCAGCAAGCAGGUGAUCGAGGGCAUGAUUGCGCGGCUGGACCAGUUCGAGGCUCGUCUGAAGGGCGAGGCGCCUGCGGAGGCUGGAGCUGGCGAGCGUGGUGCUGCUAUCGAGGGGGCGAGUUCUUCGGCUUCUGCAGUCGCCGUGCUCGGGUCGCCCGCGAAGAGUACCCCCGCGGUGGUGAUGGAGACGCCCGAGAAGCGAGUUGCCUCUUCGCAGCCGGAGGCCGUCGAGCUGGCCAUCAAGCGGAUGCGCUUCAAGGCUCAGUUGCCGCAGCAGGUGUUCAUGGAGCAGCUGGACGGGUACAAGGAGAUCGAGCCCGAGGAGUGGAACAGCCGCAUGCCCGAGGGCUACCGGCAGCGAAUAUCGGCCGAGGUGUUGUCGGAGAUCUACUCGUCGGGCAAGACGGCCGAGGCCUGGGCGCGGGACUUCAUCAGGGACUGCGGCCUGGGCGACUGCAACACGGCUCGGGAGAUGAUCGCGGCCUUCGCCGCGGUGGACACGAUGUUGAUGACAGAUCGUCAGAGGGGACUCCUCAACCUGGUGAGCUUCGAGCGGUUGGUGCGAAAGGGCUACGCCAUUGUGAGGGCUUACCGCAACGUGAACAGCCGCGACGAUUGGAGCCGCCCCAAGGAUGCCAAGAACUGGAAGUCGAAGGUGGACUGGGAGGCGGCGCGUCGCUUGGACCCCCAGCUUGCCGACGAGAGCACUAUUCGGGUAAUGAGCGCCGAGGAAGAAAUGAAGAAGGCCAUGGGUCGCGACGCGCAGCUGAUGAAGGCGCGCUCCGACCUGGACGGGGGCGCGGUGGUGCUGUUCGCUCGCCCGGAGCGCCCCGCUUCGACUUCUCGUCGGGUGCUGUCGCGCUGGAAGGAGGAGAUGGAGCUGGUGGAUACGGCGAAUCGUUUUCUCUUGGCUUUGCGUCAGCUCUACCGCGGGAGUCUGGACGACAGUCUACUGGGCCUGGCCGACUGCUGGGGCCAGGGGAUCGUGCCCGACAACCUGGACGGGGUGGACGAGGUCGGGCUCUUUUGCGUCGCGAAGAAGGCGGAGCUGGUGGGGGGCGAGCCCGAGGUGACCCUGAGGCUGGUGUUCGACCAGAGGCGCUCCAACAUGCGAUGGCGGUCUCCCCCGUGGUGUGCCAUGGGCGGCGUCAGUGCGAUGUCGUUUCUGGACGUGUCCGAGGAGAUGAAGGAGGAUGGCGUGACCAUGUGCUUCGGGACGGGCGACCUUCCCGACUUCUACUACACGCUGGAGCUGGGGGAGGAGCUGGCGCCGUACUUCGUGAUGCCCGGCUUGUCUGGGGAUGCGCUGCACGCGCUGCUUCCCGAAGGCGGGCCGUUACCCCAUCUCAGUCGGGAUCUGCCUGCUGCGCACUACGAGUACAUCGGCGAUUUCGGCAUCCUGGGCCUGGACUUCCCGACGCGGCCUGGCCAGGAGGCGGCGACGACGGUGGAGGAGAUCUGGCUCGGUGCCAAGGAAUUGGUGGUGUCCGCGGGUGUCAAGGUGCACAAGGAUGCUUGCGCGGCGGACGCUCGCAUGAUCGGUGGCGAUCUUCGGGGAACUCGUCUGGCGCCGAACAAGGUCAAGAUGUGGUUGGCGGCUUUCGGCACACGGGAGAUCCUGAUCCACAAGUGGGAACAACCCGACACCGUCGCGCGGAUCGUUGGUAUCCUGUCCUGGGGCUUCUUGAUCUGCCGUGGUGCUUUGAGCGUCUUCGCGGACGUGCACGCAUGGUGCAUGGAGUUCCGAGGUGGAGCUCGGCGCGAGGUCCCACGGGAAGUGCUGAGAGAGUUGGCUGCGGCUGCGGCCUUGGCGCCGUUGAUCUCGGUGGACCUCUCGACGCCCUGGGGCCCGAUGGUGAUGAUGUUCGAUGCGAGUCUCUACGGUGGUGCGCUCAUCUCUACGGUGGCAACGGUGGAGGAGCAGCGUCGAGAAGCACGAUAUGCAGUUCGAGGAGGCUGGACCGUCUGGACGGGCAUUUCCUCGUCCUGGGCUGCGGGCGCCCGGUGCGAGGGGGAGGCCUUCAGACGCGUGGGCACCGACGUGGAGUUGGGCACCCGGAUCCGCGUUCCGCCUGCGCACAAGUGUUGGGACGACAUCGCCGGGUGGAAGGAGGUUGUGCGCUGGCGCUGGGAGGAGAAGGAGCACAUCAACUUGCUGGAGAUGCGCACGGGGGUGGCCGCGGCGAGGCACUCGGCCCGCGCCCGGGCGAGCUGGGGGAAGAGUCACUUACGCAUCACGGACUCGAUGGUCUGCCUCGGCGGCUUCAGCAAGGGCAGAUCGGCCAGCCGGCCCAUUCUGAUCUUGUGCAGGAGAAUGGCCGCCCUCGACCUGGGGUGCGGCAUGCGGGAGCACUGGCGCCGGGUGCCGUCGGACCGCAACCACAGCGACGGGCCGAGCCGAGGUUUUCCGAUUGGGCAGGCCCCGAAGGAGCGGGGGAUAGACGAGCUGGCGUUGCCAGAGGAGGUGGCUUCGAGCAUCGAGGCCCUGGCGGACUUGGCGGAGGUGGACCCCUUCCAGCCGCUCAGGAUGGGCGUCUCGGUCCCGGUGAAGGUGCUGCGCUUCGCCCACCUCUGCAGUGGGCACACGCGCAUCGGGGAUCUGGAGGACUGGCUGCUCAGGAUCGCGGGCUCGCGAGGCUACCUGAUGAUCUGCACCAGCGUGGACAUCGGCUUCGGGGCGGAGUUCGACCUGGCGGACGAGGUCAACGCGCGGAAGCUGGAGCUGCUGGCAGAAGUGGAGACGGACGGAGGGGGCGACGCGAAGAAGGUGAAGCUUGGGAACGCGCAGUUGCUGAGCAGCUUGAGGAUCCUGAAGGCGAUCGGGCUCAAGGGCGGCUCGGUCUCCAUCGAUCAUCCUGCCGAUCCGGGUUGUCCGCCGUUUCCAUCGAUCUUCGUGACCAAGGAGCUGGUGGACUGGGGGGCCCAGUUGGGUGCCUACCGAGUGACCUUCCCGCAGUGCAUGCGGGGCUGCCCCGCGCUGAAGCUGACGACGCUCACGGGGGCGGCCUUCGGGAUGCAGCGGUUUGUUCGUCCCUGCGUGCGCGAGAACCACUCGGCGAGCCUCUGUGGCAAGGACGAGAGCGGUCGCUUUCGGACAAGGGUGGCCCAGGCGUACCCUUCCGACUUCUGCAGGAUGUUGGCGGAGUGCCACGUGGACGCGAUGCUGACCAUGCAGGAGAGACGGGAGGCCGACCUGACCGAGAGGGCCGUGGAGCAAUUGAUCUCAGAGACCUUGGAGCGCAGGCGUCGGGACGCUACGUUGCUGGAUUGGGCGCAGCAAUGGUUCAGCGACCUCACGCAGCGGGCCACCGAUGGUACCGAGUGGCAGGAGUGGCGCGUGGCCUUCCUGACGGAUGCACUGCUGAGCGGCCCCAACCAGGCUCUGAGGUGCCCGCGGUGGUCUGUGCUCCUGGGUUGGCUGCUGCUACCCUUUCUGUCGGACGCCGUCGGUGAAGAGAGGCUACGGCACCACGCUCAGCACCGCAAGAUGGGCAAUACCCACCGCAGGAACGACGCGGAGGGCGCGCGCCCACAGGGGGUGCAACGGCGGGAGAGAACCACCUAUGGGCUGGCAUUGCUGCCGUUCUCGGUCUCCACCAAGACGGCGCUGGGCUGCUACGUGCCCAACGUGCGCCGUUUCCUGAACUUCGCGCUAGAGGUGAACCUGCCGAUGAUGAGCCGAGAGGAGAUCGACGACUCAGUUCUUUGCUACUUGGACCGCCUGCUCGAGGACGAGGAGGUGGGUCCAACCGAGCUCUUCGAGCUUGGCAUCGACAACGUUGCGGGAGAAGGGAGGCCCCAGCCCCUCGAGCUCUGGGCCGUGCUGGACGAGGCCACGAGGUUGGCCGGGAGCGUGGAGGCCGCUGACGCCGCCGAGGUCGCCCUGGACGCCCACCUCAGGUCCGCGGAGCUGUUCGCCCUGCGGGCGGCCGACAUCGCGGUCGACGUGGACGAGGCGGGCGAGCAGAUAGUUGCUCUACGACUCGGGGUGACCGAGCGUGGUGAGAGGACCAAGACGGGCGUGAGGCAGGGCGUGCUGAUCGACCGUCGGCAUGUGAGUGACAUGCUUGUGCGCAGGAAGUCCGAGCGAGACCCCUCGGACCGGGUCUUCAGCUGCUCGGUGGAUGCCUACCGCCGGGCGCUGAGGCGAGCCUGCGACGACGUCGGUGUCGAGCACUUCCCGCCCCAUGCUGCCAGGCACUCGGGGCCGAGCCACGACGCGGCGACGGGCUACAGGACGGUGUGGGCCAUCCAGCCGCGCGGGCGGUGGGCUUCAGAGAAGAGCGUGCUCAGGUAUAUGAAGACGCACGCCCUGGUGGCCGCCCGCGCCGCGCUCCCGCCAGACAUCCUUGAGCGCGGGAGCCGACUGAUUCACAAGAAGAGCGGUCGCCCUGAAAAG